UCCGCCAUUUUACUUGUUUUUCGCGCUUUUGUUAAUUCUAAGAAAUAACGAAAGGAAAAAAAUAUUAAGUGAUGGUGUGGUGGUAUGGUUUUGUGAAACUACGUUAUGAAAGAUAUGCGCUCUAUGGCCAUCAUGCCUAGCGGCCGACUUACUGAGUUCGUCUCGAGGGAGGAACUUCCUCAGAGAAGCCGGUCCUCAUCUUGGACGUGGCGACGAACUACCAACUUCGUUCGCCACGAGCCGAGAUUCUCCUUGCAAUAUGAGACUGAUGAAAACAGCUACCUUCUUCGAUUGAAGAUUGUGGGAGCAUAUUCAUUGGCUAAGAAAGAUAUAUUUGGUGCCAGUGAUCCCUAUGUCCGCGUCGAAUUACAAACAGUUGAGGGAGACGUGACUGUUGAAACAUUUCUGACUAAAACAAAGAAAAAGACAUUGAAUCCAGUAUGGAAUCAGGAGUUUGUAUUUAGGGUGAAGCCUCAAGAGCAGAAGCUCCUUAUCCAAGUUUUUGACGAAAACCGUCUAACCCGCGACGAUUUUCUCGGCAUGGUGGAGAUACCUCUAGCGUCCGCGCCGCACGAGUCAGCCGCGGCGGCGCGCCCGCCCGUCGUCAAAUAUGCGCUGCGCCCGCGCAGGUCUGUCGCCCGAUCGCGGGUCCGCGGCUACAUCGAGGUGUACCACGCGCUGGUAGGGCGGGUGGGUGAGGUGGGCGAGGUGGCCGACCAGCCCGACGACUGGGAGCUAGUAGACCCCGCCGCCCAGGUGGGCCCCGUGCGACCGGUGGUGGGUGGGGACCCUCUACCGCCGGGGUGGGAGGAGCGACAGGACGCGAACGGCCGCACCUACUUCGUGAACCACAUCGCGCGAUCCACGCAAUGGGAGAGGCCUACUUUCAUGCGGAACAUGAGCACGGAGUCCCAGGCGGAGCGCAUGGAGACAGCCGUGACGGAGUUCCAGCGCCGCUUCCACAUCUCUGCGGACGACGAGCUCACGGCCCGGCCCGCGACGCCCUCGCGCCCCGCCCCCGCGCCGCCCGCGCCCGCUAGCCCUGCCCCCGCCAGCCCCGCGCCACCCGCGCCCGCUAGCCCCGCCCCCGCGCAUCAGGAGGAAGCAAGCGAGCCUCAAGCUGGGAAUAAUGAAAACACUGAGAACAUACAACCUACCGCUGGCACGUCCGAUGAAACAGAACAAGCGACAGAAACGACGGCUAAUUUAAGCAACGACUGUGAUAAUAAUAUAAGUGAUAAUCAAAAUGAAGCAUCGAAUGAUAAUCAGGAGGACAGCGACGUAGUUUGCGCUCAAGAGGCGCGACCGACCGAACAAGAAGAAAGAACAAAUGAGAGUAACGAUCAAACUGACGCCCCUGAAGUUGCUCAAGAAACAACUAAUACUAGUCAAGAAGCGGAGGAUACGGAGAUAAGACUCGAGAUACAAGCUUUAAACGACGAAGCGAACGACGCGGAUGACGAUAGCAGAACAGAGAUUGACGUGUUGAGUCUCGGCGGGGAGAGACUCGAGGAAAACGGCGACGAUUCUACGGAGUCGCUAACCUUCGAUGAGAACCACUUUAGUACACCAACAGGAGGAGCGUCCCCAGAAAGACGAGAAACGAGACGGCGAAGGACCACAACAAGCUCGAUGGACGACUCGGAGGACGACACAGAUGGCAGCACGGAGACGACUAGAAGCGGUUCCUCCACCAGCAGCCAGAGCCAGAACCUGCCUAAUAGCGAUGGCUUGCCGCCCGGCUGGAGCAUGCAGCGCGCGCCCAACGGCAGGAUAUUCUUCAUCGACCACAACCAGAAAACAACCACGUGGAUCGACCCACGAACAGGUUGCGCGUCAAGUCUGCCGACUGCGGCGGUGGCGGCGCCGCCGGCGGAGACGGACGAGCUCGGCGCGCUGCCGGAGGGCUGGGAGGAGCGCGUGCACACAGACGGACGGAUAUUCUUCAUUGAUCAUAACACGCGGACGACGCAGUGGGAGGACCCGCGCCUGUCGAACCCGCAGAUCGCGGGGCCGGCCGUGCCGUACUCGCGCGACUACAAGCGCAAGUACGAAUACCUCAAGAGUCAGCUGCGCAAACCGAGCAACGUUCCGAACAAGUUCGAGAUCAAAGUCCGGCGCAGCUCGAUCCUGGAGGACUCGUACCGCAUCAUCAGCUCCGUCAGCCGCAUCGACCUGCUCAAGACCAAGCUGUGGGUGGAGUUCGAGUCAGAGGUUGGACUGGAUUACGGCGGCCUCGCUCGCGAGUGGUUCUUCCUGCUAUCCAAGGAGAUGUUCAACCCUUACUACGGCCUGUUCGAGUACUCCGCCAUGGACAACUACACGCUGCAGAUAAACCCCAACAGCGGCGUGUGCAACGAGGAGCACUUACACUACUUCAAGUUCAUCGGCCGCGUCGCCGGCAUGGCCGUGUACCAUGGGAAGCUGCUUGACGCAUUCUUCAUCCGUCCAUUUUACAAGAUGAUGCUGGGCAAGCAGAUUGAAUUGCAGGACAUGGAGUCGGUCGAUUUAGAAUACUAUAACUCACUUAUGUGGAUUAAGGAGAACGAUCCGUCGGAGCUGUAUUUGACGUUCUCGGUGGACGAGGAACAGUUCGGCAAGACGAUACAGCGGGAAUUGAAGCCCAACGGCGCGAACAUACCCGUUGAUAACGAGAAUAAGGACGAGUAUAUCAAGCUGGUGAUAGCGUGGCGGUUCGUCUCCCGUGUCCAAGAACAGAUGGUGGCCUUCCUCGAAGGUCUAGGAGCGCUAGUCCCUCCGCCCCUAUUGAAAAUAUUCGACGAAAACGAGCUAGAACUCCUACUGUGCGGCAUACAACAUAUAGACGUGCGGGAUUGGCGCGCCAACACGUUAUAUAAGGGAGACUAUCACGCGAAUCAUUUAGUCGUGCAGUGGUUUUGGAGGGUGGUGCUAUCGUUCUCCAACGAGAUGCGGUCCCGUCUGCUGCAAUUCGUGACGGGUACGUCGCGCGUGCCGAUGAACGGGUUCAAGGAGUUGUACGGUUCCAACGGACCCCAGCUGUUCACUAUCGAGAAGUGGGGCACGCCCGAUAACUACCCGCGCGCGCAUACGUGUUUCAACCGCAUCGACCUCCCGCCGUACGAGAGCUACCAGCAGCUGCGAGAGAAGCUCAUCAAGGCGAUCGAGGGGUCGCAGGGCUUCGCGGGGGUUGACUGAAACUUGCGACAACUCUUUUGUUGCUUCUUGUGCUAGACGGACGGCUUAACGACAGAGACGAGACAGUUGCCUGUCGAAUACUCGAACACUAUGAUCCUUGUUGUUGUAUGUAUUGAUCCUUGUUAAAAAUAAAACCAGUACUAAAUCACCGAUUACUAAAA